UUUAGAUAAUAGUUCAUUUCAUAAUUAAUAGUUUUAUCUAAAGCCGUGGUAAAUAGUCAUUAAGUAAUAAGUAUAGGUAUACUUGUAUCAGUUGUUUUUUCUAUACGACUUACCCUUUCUGCGUAAUCCUUAAAACUUUAAGUUUGUACAUUCAAACUUAAAUUCAUUUUGGAAGUCUAAUAUUGUGGUAUUGGUAUUUGACAUCCAGUUACAGUACAAUUUUAGACUUAUAUUUCAAUCAGAUUUUAGUGUAAAACUGAAAAAUGACGUCAAAAAGUGGUGCUGUUGAAGUGUCUGAAGGUGAGCAAGUUAAAUCUAAAAGUCAAUUGAAAAAAGAAGAGAAACUUGCAGCUAAAGCGAUGAAGAAGGAACAAUUCAAAGCAAUAAAUAAAGCAAAUACUAAUGACCAAGCAUCUGGUGAAGAUAUUUCUGUUGGAAAGUAUGGAGUUUUAAAAAUGAUCCAAAGUUCAAAAAAUUUUAUAUCCGAUCGAAUAUUUGUGGAUGUAAAAAACAUUAUACCUGUUUUAGCUGAUAAUAGUGUUUGGAUACGUGGAAGACUUCAUACUAGUCGUGCCAAAGGUAAACAAUGUUUUAUGGUUGUCAGACAGCAGCAAUGGUCUAUUCAGGUGUUAGCUGUAGUAUCUGAUACUAUUAGUAAACAAUUUGUUAAGUUUUGUUCUAAUAUUAACAAGGAGUCUAUAGUAGACAUUAAAGGUAAAGUUACAAAAACCCCUUCUAAAAUUGGAUCAUGCUCACAACAAGAUGUUGAAUUACAUAUUGAAGAAUUGUGGGUUGUUAGUCAGUCUGCUAAUCAACUUCCUUUACUUAUUGAAGAUGCAUCAAGGCCAAUUAAAGGGGAUGAUGAUGAUCAAGGUUUAAAUAUAAAAGUCAAUCAAGAUACAAGGCUAGAUAAUAGAGUAAUUGAUUUACGUACUCCUGCAAAUCAAGCUAUUUUCCGCCUUGAAGCUGGUGUUUGUAAACUAUUCAGAGACUUGCUCACUGCAAAAGGUUUUGUUGAAAUCCAUACUCCAAAAAUGAUAAAUGCAGCAAGUGAAGGCGGAGCAAAUGUUUUCACAAUAUCAUAUUUCAAAGGCUCUGCAUAUCUUGCUCAAUCACCUCAGUUGUAUAAACAAAUGGCAAUUGCUGGUGAUUUUGAUAGAGUCUUCACAAUUGGUGCAGUCUUCAGAGCAGAAGAUAGCAACACAUAUAGACAUUUGACUGAAUUUGUUGGCUUAGAUUUAGAAAUGGCUUUUAAAUAUCACUAUCAUGAAGUAGUUGAUGUUAUUGGUUCACUUUUUACCAACAUAUUUAAAGGAUUACGUGACAAUUAUCAAUCUGAAAUUAAAACCAUUUGCGAACAAUAUCCUGUAGAACCAUUUAAAUUCUUGGAUCCACCUUUAAAACUUGAAUUUCCAACUGCUGUUAAUAUGCUUCGCGAUGCUGGAGUUGAAAUGGGCGAUGAAGAUGAUUUAUCAACACCAAAUGAAAAAUUACUUGGACGUUUAGUCAAAGCAAAAUAUGAUACAGAUUUCUACAUUUUGGAUAAGUUUCCACUUGCCAUUCGACCUUUUUACACCAUGCCAGAUCCUGAUUCAAAGGUAGCUUCUAAUUCUUAUGAUAUGUUUAUGAGAGGUGAAGAAAUUAUAUCUGGUGCUCAAAGGAUACAUGAUUCUGAUUACUUAAUAGAAAGAGCUAAACAUCAUCAAGUUGAUAUUGAGAAGAUUGCAGCUUAUAUAGACGCUUUCCGGUAUGGAUGUCCUCCUCAUGCUGGUGGUGGAAUUGGGUUAGAGAGAGUUGUCAUGUUGUACUUAGGCUUAGACAACAUAAGAAAAGCAUCAAUGUUUCCCCGUGAUCCUAAAAGACUUACUCCAUAAUUUAAUUUUAUUAUUAUUAUUUUUAAAUAAAGUAUGUUAAUAAUGAAUUAUGUUAUGAAAUUGUCUUGAAGAUCAAUGACGCGCAUUAAAUAACAAAAAAUAAAAAAAUAUUUUGAAU